UCAGCCACGUACGAAAAUCUGUCACCGCAUAAUUUCUGCUUUCGAGUUUAUUACAUCGAAUAAUAGGCAAAGAAUAAGAUAAAAUGACUGCCAAACUUUUGCCACUGAUUCUCAUCGUUGCGGCAGUGGUGACGGCUGACGAUGAACCCGCGCUGGCCAGGCUUUUGAUCUCAAAGCAAGUCUUGAAUAAGUACCUUGUUGAGAACCUAGACAUUCUCGUCAAAUAUACUCUGUACAACGUUGGUACGGCGCCAGCGGUGGAUGUGAAGCUUGUGGACAAUGGUUUCCACCCUGACGUGUUUGCUGUGGUUGGUGGACAGCUCUCAGCUCAAAUUGACAGGAUCCCUCCACAGACUAAUGUGUCUCAUGUGGUUACCGUCAGAUCUAACAGAUAUGGCUAUUUCAAUUUCACCGCCGCUGAGGUCACUUAUAGGCCCAAUGAAGAGUCUUCUGAAGUGCAAUAUGCCUUCAGUAGUUCUCCAGGUGAAGGAGCAAUUGUAGCCUACAAAGAUUAUGACCGGAAAUUCUCAUCACACAUUCUUGAUUGGGCCGCUUUUGCAGUCAUGACCCUUCCAUCUCUGGCCAUUCCUUUCGGGCUUUGGUACUCAUCAAAGAGCAAAUAUGAAAAACUAGCUAAGCCUAAAAAAACACAUUAGGUAGUUAAUUUAGUUAGGAUAUCAUUUGCUAAUGUUUUAUGCAUUUAUUUUUUGUUAUAGCAUGAUCUGUUUGUUCAAAAUGAUAUUUUAUAAUAGUAAAAUAUCCUUGUAUAUUUUUAGAUUUUUGAGAGAAUUGAAUGUUGUCAGACUGAUAUAUACAUUGUUCUUAGGUUUUCUCAAUUGCUAUACACUGGAAGUAAACAAUUUUUUCAGAUCUAAAUAAUUGGUUCUUGACUACCUUACUAGAUAAGAUAAUUUUAAUGUAAAAUUAUUUUUGUGUCUGUAGUUCAAGAAGUACAAUAUGACGGUUUGCAUUAAUAUUAGACAGUUGUUUCAUGACCAAUACAAUCUCGGUGAUCAAAAAUGUUAUUUUGUUUGAAAAACAAAGAAAUAUACACGAUUUAGAUCCGAAAAAAUGGUUCCAACUCCUCCAUUGUCAGACUGAAUUAUAAAUUACUACUGUACACUGCAAUGCUAAUUUUUUGUUGUAAUUCAGUGAAUAGAUUUAAUUAUUUAAUUGCACUCGGAGUACUUUGUUUUUUAUGGGAAUAUAAAUUUUAAUAAUAAAUAUGUUUUGUUACGUAUGUAUAUAGUUUCAAUAUAAGUUGCUGUAGAAUAGUAAUUAUACACAAAAGUUACAUUACGAUUCUCCAUCCACAAGAGUCAUGCAUUAUUUAUGGCGUAUGUAAGCUGUUGUAUCAUAUUUACAAAUUAGCAAUGCAUACCACAUUAGCAGUGAUUAACAAAUCAUCACUUGUUUCGUUCCCUUUGCCACGAACGUUACUUAACAUUUUGAAAGAUAAAAGUUAUUUACAAGCACAA